AGAGUCAGCAAAGCCAUGAAGAAGCCAAUUGCACAACUUGUGCUGAUAUUCUCACUUCUAUGGACCAGCGGAUCAGCAGCUGGGAAACGUCGUCCCGAUGGACGCAUUGUGAAUGGCAGGGAGGCGUUCGACGGCGAGUUUCCCUAUCAGCUGUCCCUGCGCCGUCUCACAAUACACAUCUGUGGCGCCGCUGUGUUGGACGGCAGCUGGGCAAUAACGGCGGCCCAUUGCGUCGAUGGCCAUGAGAGAAAGCCUCAGGAAUUCAGCCUGCGACUUGGCAGCGUAAGACGUUCCAGCGGGGGCAGCCUGAUGAAUGUGCGUACGAUCUAUAAGCAUCCCACCUAUGAUCCCAAGGACAUGAAUUUCGAUGUGGCCCUGCUGCGCACACAAAUUGGCGCCUUGACCAUGGAUCCCAAUGCGGCGCCGAUUAGCUUGCCCGAGUCUGGAGAGCCCAUUGUGGAAAACUUAAGUGCUGUGGUUUCGGGUUGGGGCCACAUGAGUAGCACCGAAUCGACACUAUCCUCGGUGCUAAAAUAUACCACGGUGCUGACGGUUAAUCAGCAAAAAUGUCACAGAAAUCUGAUGUUUCAUGGCGGUGUCACCGAUGUUAUGUUCUGUGCCGCAGCACGUAACACGGAUGCCUGUCAGGGUGACAGCGGUGGUCCACUUGUCGCCCAGGGAAAGCUGAUUGGCAUUGUUUCCUGGGGCGUUGGAUGUGCAGAUCCAUAUUAUCCGGGUGUUUAUGCACGGAUGUCGCAUCCAUCUAUUAGACGCUGGGUACGUUUGCUAACCAAAUUGUAAAAGAGUCUUAAAUAAUCAUAAAUCAUAAUAAAUUGC